AUGGCGAUGGUCAUAUCCCAAACGACAAAAGCUGCCAUAGGAGGUUUCCUUGCACUGAUGAUUCUCGGUGCGGUACUCGUUGUAGGAGCCGCUUUUGGCUGGUUCGACCCUAAGAGAGAAGAUGAGGAUACUCCUGCGAAAGUCAGCGCAAGACUUCAAGGCAGAACAUCUUUUGUAACACACCGUGCUGUGAGUAUUACUUAUCUUAAUUAG